GGAGAGAUCUGUGGGUGAUGGUGGUUUCGGCAUCACCGUACGAGCACAUGAUCGGCAAACCAGAUGUGAAGUACGUGGCCAACAUGCACGGGAACGAAGCAGUUGGAAGGGAACUCAUGCUGCAUUUGAUAACAGUACCUGGUGAACAGUUUACAACACGGACAACUAACAUAAAAUGGCUCCUGGAUAACACCCGGAUACACAUCCUGCCAUCCAUGAACCCGGACGGGUUCGAGGUGGCGCGAGAGGGACAGUGCGACGGAGGCCAGGGCCGCUACAACGCACGGGGCUUCGACCUCAACCGCAACUUCCCCGACUACUUCAAGCAGAACAACAAGCGAGGCCAGCCCGAGACAGAUGCCGUCAAGGAGUGGACUAGCAAGAUUCAAUUUGUCCUGUCCGGAGGACUCCACGGAGGAGCCCUUGUCGCCAGUUACCCCUUCGACAACACACCCAACUCCAGAAUAUGCCGUUCUUCACCACUAUGUUCAGUGUUCCAAAGCUAUGCGUCAACACCAUCAAUAACACCAGAUGAUGACGUGUUUCGCCACCUCUCACUUACCUACUCACGCAACCACCCCACAAUGCACCUGGGCCAGGCCUGCAAGCAGGGCACACCCUCGUUCAAGAACGGCAUCACCAACGGAGCAGCCUGGUACCCCCUUGCAGGAGGAAUGCAGGACUUCAACUACGUCUGGUACGGCUGCAUGGAGGUGACCUUGGAGCUCUCCUGCUGCAAAUACCCGGCAGCCAGCGAGUUGCCUAAAUUCUGGGAUGAGAACAGACUGACUGGUGCUGGCUCAAAACAAGUGAUACAAAUGUGCAAUAAUCUAGAAGAACUUCACAAGGAAGACACUCUGGUUCUCUUGUGUGGGUCGAACGAUGUGGCAAAGAAUGAGUCACAG